AUGCCAACUUUGCGUGCUUGGGCCAACAACAACUGGUGGAAUUCGGGCCGCAAUGCCUAUCAAAUCUCUGGAUCUCUGAGCACAAGGAAUGGAGCCAUAGUGGUGGAAGUGACUGAUCUUGGACCAUUCUCAAUUGUGCCCUAUUACUUGGACGCUUUGGGUGCACACGUUGGCAGCAUCAGCGUCACGUCGGCGCAUGCAGAACAUCACGACUCUUUUCACAAGUUCAAAGUGAUUACCGAACGAGUAAAGGCUUGGUACGAGCGUGCGAAAUUGUUAGAGUCGACUACCUUCUCCAAAAUGAAGCCAUCCGAAUUGAAAGAACCUUUACAGCUGGCGGAGAUUACGAAGGAUGAGGAGCGACCAAUAAAUUUUGACAUUAGAAGUAUAGAUUUCUUGUUCGUGGAAGGGAACGAGUUCUGGAAGUGCGCGUGA